AUGGCGAAGAAGGGCGGCAAUGAGAUCGAGACGCUUGUGAAGGUGCUGGAGAAGGGCAACAAGGACAAGCGCGACAUUGUCAUCGACGACAUCAUCUCGAACCCCAUCUCCUGUGGCUACCUGCUCGACUUUUGCCAGAAACAAUAUUGCGCCGAGAACCUCAACUUCUUCAUGGCCGUGGACAAGUUCAAGGACGAGUGCGGCCUGCUCGACUUCCGCGACCCGGAGUCCGUGCAGUCGUGCAGGGAGAUGGCCGACCAAAUCUGGGCCGACUACCUGUCGCUCAACUCGCCCAACGAGGUGAGUCUGCCCUCAGACGACCGCGAACAUACCAAGGAGCGCAUGAAGCGGCCGGGAGAAUUCCGCGGCAAACUCUUCGACGUGGCCAUGCAGGAUGCUAUCAAGACGCUACAGAAGGACACGCUCAUGCGCUUCCUCAAGGCGCAGCAGUACACCGAAAUGGCCGCCAAGGUCACGGCCGUGCACGAGAUGAUCGUCAAGAAGGUGUUCGACUCGGACAACUCGUACCAGAUCGACAUGCCCACCACAACGACGCUCACGGACGAGAAGAUCGCUAAGGGGGGCUUCUCUCUGGACGACAUCCUAGGCGACAAGAUCCUCUUCCGAGAAAUGCUCGACUACCUAGAGAAGAAAUUCAAGGCCGAAAACCUCAAGUGCGCGCGCCAGAUCCGGCGGUUCGAGGAGAUGGCGCUGCAGAUGAAGGCCGACGACCUCAAGGACUUCGCCUGGAACCUGUAUCUCUACUUCAUCGCGCCCGGGUCCCCCUACGAGGUGUCGUGCACCAACCUGGACCGGAAAUCUGUACAGUUGCGUCUGGGCUGCCCCAUGAAGGCCAUGUUCGAGCCCAUCAAGGAGAACACGAUGCUCGUGCUCAAGCAAGACCACAAGGCCUUCCUGCAACAGCUGCAGCCCAAGACGCUCAAGGAGCGGCUCAAGGCCGAGAAGGCCGGCAACGCGCCCCAGAAGACAGGCUUCCUCUCCAAGUUUAAAGUAUUCUAA